AUGUAAUUUAUAUUAUUAUUGGUUCUCGCUUUUACAACACUUUCUUAAUAGACUGAUUACGCUUUAUUGAUAAAAAAUUCAAAUUCUUAAAAAUGGGAAAAGAUUGGUGAAAUGAAAAUACCUAGAUCUAAUUUUUAAAAUGCUCAGAUCAUCUUGAAUUAAAAUAAUUAGCAAAUUUUAGAUCGUAAAAAAAUUAAUGAAGUAAAUAUUAAAUGUCUAUAUCUAGAAUAAUUAUGCUCUAUUAAAAUUAUAGAAUUAGCAAGAUGAAAAAUCAUAUACAGCACAUAUUGAUGGAAAAUAAUUAUCUCUUUUUAAUUAGAAAUCCAAUUAUUAAGAAAUUAUUACUUUAGUUUUAUCUAAUAAUGAUUUGUUAUCAUUUGAUUAUUCAUUAAAGCCUGUAAGGAAAAAUAGUGAAACCUAUAUUCAAGUCAAUGUUAAAGAAUUUGAAGUAGCUCCAUAAGGAUUAGUACCACAAUUUGAAGAAAAAUUUCCUGAAGAAGAAGAAUAAUAAAAACCUUAAGGUUUCUUUGGAUUAAUUUUAUAAUAUGUAAAAUUCUCUAUUUUAUCUUUAGAAAUGGUAUAUAAUUAUUGGAUUUAUUGUCUUUUUCUUCACUUCUCAGGCUGAUCCCCAAUAAUUAAAUGCAAAUAUUUAACAAGCAUAAGAAUAAGCCUAAGCAUAAAGAAGAAGAAACAAAUGAGU